AUGUUGCCACCACGACCUGCUGUCGUCGGCCGGGGAAAACGAUCCGCGAAAACACAGAUGCUUGCGAAAGUGAUGCGAAGCUGGGAUGCAUUGAGUGCUUCUGAACAGCACCGCGAGAGGCAACACCUCAAACGCAUCUUUCAAACGGGACAAUCGGUUGAAGCCAUCUUUAUUCUUAACCCUGGUCUGCUACUUCUUCUUGCCCCAUAUCUGACGAUCAACGAACUGCAUUUGAUUGCAUCAUUUGACGUCCAGCAGAUCGUCCACCUGCUCACUGCACAGAGAUGGGCUGAGGCAGAAAGCUUUGCGACAUUGGCAUCAGAAAUUUAUUUCUAUGUUCGCGACUAUCCGAGAUCAAAGUUGCUGAUAGAUGAAAGAGAAAAAGUAGACAAGGUGGUGAAGCUUGAAUUCAGCCGAGCACUGCAUAUCAUCAGGUCGCUGAGGUAUGCGAAUGUGUAUAUUGGCAUUGCUCCUGGGUAUCCACUCGCUAUCACAAUACGAGCCCAAGAGACAGCAGAGUUCAAAGCAGUACUUGAGCAAGGUGAAGCUGCACAGCGCCCUCAGGGACGCAUUGAAUCCACGGGGAGCGUGUAUACGUUCUCGCUGCCAUAUCUCCAGCGCAUUAUCCAUCGGAGCUUUUCCUAUCGCGAUUUCGUGAUGGUUAAUGUCACAAAAGGCCUUUUCCACCUAACAGUCGAGAUUAUCGAUCUGGAGAUGGCAGUGGAAAUUUUCAAGGAUGGCGACCUCAAGCCUCUAAAGAGGGUUGGUCCCGCGGAUGACGUCAAUCCGACUUCUUGA